AUGGCACAACAAUUCAAACUCCCAGACGGCAGAAACCUAGACUACUCCCUUACAGGAGCCACCGAUGGCUUCCCUCUCGUGUGGCACCAUGGCACGCCUUCGGGUUACACAGCGAUUCCUGUUCUUGCAACUGCCUGCGAGAAGCGUCGCUUCAGGCUCAUAACAUUCUCUCGAUCCGGCUAUGGCGGUUCUUCCAGGCAAAAGGGAAGACAGAUCGUUGACGCAGUGGGCGACGUCCGAGCACUUCUUGAGCAUCUUGGCUACCAGAAAUGCGUAGUCGGCGGGUGGAGUGGUGGAGGUCCGCAUGCAUUGGCUUGUGCUGCUAAACUUGAGAGCUGUUUGGGCGUCAUUUCUGUGGCAGCGGUGGCCCCGUAUGACGCUGAGGGGUUGGACUGGAUUUCUGGGCAGGGAGAGGAUAAUAUUGAAGAGAGCAAAGCUGCACUCGAGGGCGAGGACGCUCUAAGAGAGUUUUGCGAGGCGCGGCGUCCGGACAUGAUCAAAGGCACUGCCGCUGAAAUUACUCAAAUGAUGGAAUCGAUCCUGCCAGAAGUUGACAAGAGAGUAUUACUCGAGUCGCGUGAGUUCGGAAAGUACAUGGAGACUACGACACGAGAAGGCCUCAAGUCCAGCUCGGACGGCUGGAUAGACGAUGACCUUGCUUUUAUCAAACCAUGGGGCUUCGAGAUGACGGACAUCCAAUGCCCUGUAAGCUUAUAUCAGGGCAGUGAAGAUCUCAUGGUCCCUUACGACCAUGGGAAGUGGCUGGGAUCUCAUAUCCCUGAGCACUUGUUGACCAAGCACCUGGAGGGUGGCGAGGGACACAUUUCGAUCUUCGAGGGCAAUAUCGAGGGGAUGCUGGACGAGAUGAGGCGGGCGAUUGACUCUCGGUCGUGA